AUGUCAACAGCAACCGAACCGAAAACACCUACCACCGAACGGGAGGAUUCGGAGACGAGUUAUAGUGUUGAAGAGGAAAACGAAACCGAUACAGAUCAUUUUGCAUUUGCUAAAGCAAAACUUUUACGAACAUCAAGUGUUUUAAAUGCUAUUAUUGAUCAAAUACAUCCGGAUAUAAUAGCAAAAUCACAUCAAUCAAAUUUUGUUUUAUUUCCACCAAAAUUAGAAGGAUGUACGGUUAUUGACCUUGGUUGUGGUGUUGGUCGAGAUGUUUUUAUUUUAUCAAAACUUGUUGGAGAACAUGGACAUGUUAUUGGUAUUGAAUCUGAAAAAGUUCAAUUGGAUUUUGCUCGUAAACAUAUUGAUUAUCAUGUGAAACAAUUCGCACUAAAAAAACCGAAUGUUGAAUUUAUUCAAGGUGAAAUUGAUCAAUUAGAAAAAACACAUAUUAAAGAAAAUUCAAUUGAUGUUGUUGUAUCAAAUAGUGUUAUCAAUUAUCGAAGAAAUAAAAAAGCAAUUAUUGAAGGUGUUUGCAAAUUACUCAAACCUGGCGGAGAAUUUUAUUUUUCGGAUGUUUAUGUCAAUCGACCAAUACCUGAAGAACAUCAAGAAUUAUUAUCCGGCGAAUAUAUUGGUGGAGCUCUUCGUUGGGAAGAUUUAAUAUUAUAUGCAACAGAAGCAGGUUUUACUCAACCACGUUUAGUUACAGCUAAACCAGUAACAAUUAUAAAUGAAGAUAUUCAAAAAGUUAUUGGUAAAGCGAAAUUUGUUUCAGCUAUAUUUCGUUGUUUUAAAUUACCAAUUAAUGAUAAUGAUGCAACAAAAUUCAAUAUACCAUAUCAAUUAACAUAUGAAACACCAUUAGUUAGUUCUGAAGAGGAAUUUUUCUUUGAUCAUUUAACUCAAUUUAAACUCGGCGAAUUAUUGGUCGUAGAUGAUCCAUCAAUUGCUCUUGAAUUGAAUGUAUCACGAUAUAAAGACAAUUUUACUUUUGAUCCAAUUGAAGAUGCAAAUACUGAAAUGGCUACAGUUGAAACGGUUGAAGAAGUAAUUAUUGUAAGAUAUGGUUGCCCAGGACGAUAA